AUUAUUGGUGUUUUAGAAGGUACGUUGGAUCCUCAUUUUUUAUGCUCAUAGCUUGGUCCAAAAGGCUCCCUCCGACAACGAAAGACACCCCACCGGUAUCAAAUCGCGCACUACACAUCCAUUACUUCCAUAUAAAGUACACUACUACCGGUAGCCACAGCUAGUAUCAUACGGCAGUACCAUGUCCCACCUCCGCCGACUGAACCCCGAAGCAGUGACUCAGGAAGAGUUAAACAGUCGAACGAGCAAUGAGCGUCAACAACAAGAAGCAACGUUUGCGGGUCGGCCGUUGUUACCGUCGAAUCCCAAUGAUGCGGAAAAGCUAGAGCAAGAACGACGUACUCGAGAAGAACGAGCGCGACAAGAAGCUCAGUAUGACAAUUACAUUAUUGUACCCAAGAAAGGCCAACCUCGGCCCAAGCCUCUUUCCGAAAUGAAAGCGGACUCUUUGGCGGCAGCGCAAGAAAAAACGGCGGCUCUCGUCAAGAAAAGUGAAGCCGAAUUUGCCGCUCGAAAAGCUAAACAGGCGGGGAAACAAGGAGGAACUUCUUCCAAGCCGACAACUAGUAGUAGUGUUCCAUCGCCAGCUAAGCAGCCAGCAACGUCAGCGUCUCCGGCACCAGCACCCCCCAAACCUUCGACAGCCACUGCUAGUGCUCCUGCUCCAGCACCCCCCAAAAUAGCUUCAGCUCCUGCUCCAGCCACGCAAACUGCUGCUGCCGAUCCCAACACGACCACCACAACGACCACCACUGCCGAUGGAAAGACCACAACGACUACCACAACAACCUACACUACCGCCAGCACGUCGGAUGCCUCCAAUCCACCCACGUCGUGCUGUGUUGUACUGUAGACAUAGGAACAGGCACAUCAAUCAAUAACUUAUACACCAACGAGUGUAGCAGGAUAAAAACCAGUACUUUGGCGCAUUCAACCAUGCCAGUUGCUUCGGUGUAUGUACCAAUUUGUAUUUAACCAUGGGUGAUUGAGAUACCAACUAGCUAGAACUGAUCCAAAAAACCAAUUUGAUGUGGUGUGUUAUAGUGCCGAUCGCACCUUGGAAAUUUAAAAACACAUUCAGUAAAUGACGAAUGCUAUUGA